GGAGGGAAGGGAUUGAGUGACGGACCCUUUUAACCCGCGGGAAAGGUGGGGGGAGGACAGGGUUUGAAUGGCGGCGGUGAUGCCGGAGGAGCCUCCUGAAGAGACUUUCCAGAAGGAUCUGAAAUGGUGCAUCCAGCAGCUUGAACCUGGUCAAACCCAACUCGAUGUGUCAUCAAAGCAAGCAAUACCACCGCAGACAGAGCAUUGUGCUGGGAGCACGACAGAUAGGGUCGAGCCGAGGGUCCAGGAGUCUGGCCACAGCUUCCAGGUCAACUUCACUGGGUUACCAAACCUAAGUGAGGAGGCAGCUGGAGUCACUCUGAACUCUGAGAGAAAGAGACCAGUUAGCGGUGGGGUGGCCAUAAAGGAAUCUCUGAAUGGAAGUGAAGGGAAUGACUUCCCAGCCGUCCCUUCAGGAACUGAUGUCCAAGAGACGUUUACAUUUACAAUUCCUGAGGCUGCUGGUGACCCUCAGCAAAUAGCCUUACCUGAUGUCUGUUGUACAACGCUGUCAGCUCAGGAGCAGUUGGGAAUCAAGACACUGAUGAAAAGCUGGCGGCGGUAGUGGGACAUGAGAAUCCAGCUUUUCAGACAUCUGAAGCCCUGAAAUUAGUUGAUAAUGUUACCUCCAAAACCAAGAAAAAGAAGAAAAAAAAAUCUCACACAAGCCAGCUGCUGAAAACACACCCAAGGACGCACAUCAGGAAGGAGAAAGCCAGGACAGUGGAGGAGCUCCAGCAAAGAACCAUCUCUGAUUAUAAAAAGGAUCUUGGGAUAUAGAGCUACAAGGAUACACAGGAACGUAACGCUGGACUUGUAGAGUCAAACCCAACUCGAUGUUUCAUCACAGCUCUGUUUGUCGUAUUACAGUAAGGACUGGUUUACACUAAAGAAAGUGCAACAAGAUUGAUGUCUACAAUUAGGCAGCUCAGUUCUGAUGAGAGAAUACAGAAGCUUUCAAUGUUCCCAAUGGGGAAGAGAAGGCUCAGGGAAGAUCUUAUUGAACGCUUUAAGAUUAUAAGGGGUAUAAACAAACUAAACUCCAUUAAUAUGCUUGACAUCACUACAAACUCUACAGCAAGGGGCACAGAUUCAAGCUCAGAAGAGUCUCCAGAGGAGCAACUGCAGCGGGAGGUGGAUUGGUGUAUUGAACAGUUGGAGCUGGGGCUGCGCACUCAGAAGAGCAAUCAGAAACAAGCUGAGGAAGCACUGCGCGCUGUGAGGACCCUGCGUAGUAAGAAAGCUCCACUCGUCAAAAAGCGGCAGCUCAUGCGAUUAAUGUUUGGAGACUACAGGAAGAAAAUGGAGGUAGAUUGGCAGAGACAGCUGAAACUAAUGGAGACAGCUGCAAAAUGUGCCAGUAUUAAAACAGAUGGAGUUACGCCAAAAGGGAAAGUAUUCCGGAAAUGUGCGACGCAGAGCAGUAAGCAUUCCCAGGAAUCCUGCACCACAGAUUCACAGACUGGUAUCAGAAAGGAGAGUGGUUUCUUCCAAACCGGCCAAGGAGAAUUUCGCUUUAAUUUCUUCUGAAAAUGGAUUUGAUGUACACUUCACCAGCCUCUAUUUGUAAACCUUAAUGUAGUCAGUUUCAGAUCCAAACCUGUAGACCAGAAGUCUGCCACCUCUGUAAUACUCAAUGUACAUGACGGGACUCCUGGAUGCAGGUUACUGUUGGCUUGUGAAACCAGGCAGCAUUGGUGUAAGGCUGAGUGUUGUGAUUGGUCUGUACGGGUCUCAGAGUGGGAUAUCCAGCAGGUUCCUUCAAUAACAAAUCUGAGUAAUGCCAACCCAUUGGGAACACUUCUACAAUCUGAUUUAUUUCCGGAGCGGUGUGGACCAUCAUGUUAGAAACCUCUUACAUUUUAGAUGACCUUUUCUAUGAACUACUGAUCAUGUGUGCAGCUCUGUAGAGUUGUUGACUUUCAGUAUUUUGGCUGAGGGAGUAGAUGUGUAAACUGCUUGAAGAGGAAAAUCUAUUUGCAGCUUCCUAGAUGCCAGACUUUGCAAGCAAUGUUGCCUAGUUGAACAGUACUCUCCAGUUUCUGGCUAAGUUUUAUUAAAAAAAGAGUAAACCAA